UUAGUUUAUAUCAUAUAGAAGACAUGCACAGCAAUCGAUACGGCAAAACCAAGCAUGGUAUAGCAAAAUUGAAUAAGGAUUGCAAAUGAAAACGUCAUAUUCUUGAAACCGGAUUACGGGAUUUUGUUGGUGUUAACGAAGUCUGAUCGUUUGUGUUUGGAGGGAACUACAACCUACAAUAUGACGUUGUUCCUGAAGGCAAUGGACCCUUUUGAUUCAAAAUCGGUAUUUGGAUUCCUAGUGUUGGCGUACGUCAGUACUCUUAUCACUGCUACCAAUCCAUGUUCCUAUGGAUAUUCAGUGUGUACUAUAGAAAACUCAACACUUUCAGAGUUAUGCUGCAUUGAAAACUGCUGUAACGUUGAGUCGUCCUGUCGUGGUAGUAAAUAUAAAGAGAUUCGUUGCGUUCGCAACACUCAGCCUCUUUGGAAGAUGAGCGAGUUAGAGCCAUUGGAUGUGGAAUACACGACGAUUCGUGGGUCUUCUGUAGUUAGUGGGCGAUAUGGUAUCAAAGCGAAGCUGGAACACGAAGCUGGAUACCUGAACGCCCUUCCAGAUAACAUAUGUCAGUACCAACUUUUGGUUUAUGUUGACUUAAGUGGGAACAAUAUAAAUGAAAUAAGAAAUAUAUCGUGUCUUACUAAAUUGGAUACAUUAGAUUUGAGUGAGAACCAAGUAUCGUUCAUCUACAAUCGUACAUUCCGAGGACUUGUGUCACUGCGCAACCUAAAUUUGGCAAAUAACAAGAUAAGCUACAUAGAACCCUAUUCCUGGUCUCAUCAAACGUCUUCUAUACUUAAUAUUCAGCUGGAGGGCAAUAAUCUAUCAGAAAUUGACGUAACGAAUGUCAUCAUCAAUCGACCUUUUUGUAAUCUUAAUUACAGACAUAACAACAUUGAAAAUAUCGUCAACGAAGCUGGAUGGACUUUGACAGCAGACGAUGAAAUCGUACAAGGUGGUUUCAUUGACCUGACUGAGAACAGCAUUUCUGGUGUCAUUGACUUUCUAAAUCUUGGUGUUGCUGACCUUAAAGUCUUAGGGAAGAUAUAUUCUUAUGGUAUAGACAUUCGUGAUGUCCCCUUCCAAUGUGAUUGUAGAAUGGAGCCAUUCUUUCAGUUAGCUGAAUCUAGCCUUAUGAUCAUAUGGAGAAGUUAUUUUGAUAUGUACUGCUUCUCCCCAGAACAACUACGUAAUCAGUCUAUACCGGAACUGAUACGGAAUAAGCAGUACGAUCUAUUUAUAUGUGAUAUUCCACAAACUGAAGGUUGUCCUUACAAUUGCAAUUGCUAUAAACAGCCAAGCAGAGAUCGUGUGGUCGUAAAUUGCUCAGGGCAUGGACUUGAUAUGAUGCCUAAACACGUUCCCAGAAAUGAUCUUCCCCUUGAGAUAUAUCUAGACAAUAACAUUAUAUCCAGCUUAAAGUGGCGAGGAUACCUUAACCAAACACGGAAGUUAGUCUUAUCCAACAACUCCAUAACUACGAUGGAGGGCCGUGCUGUUAAUCAACUACAGAACGCAAUGGAAGUAGAUUUACGGGGAAACACGGAACUCAAUGAUCUACCUGAAGAUAUACGUUACUUAAAACCAAGCAUUUUCAUUUUCGGAGAACUUACAAUUAACUGCAAUUGUAGCAAUACAUGGUAUGGAGAAUGGAUAAAAAUGCAUGAGAACCAAAAAGGAACCAUAAAUAACUUCUGGUGCCAGACCGAACGCAGUACUAAGGAGGCUGCUGAGGUAGUAACAGAAGAAUUGCUAGAUUGUAGUAAAGCGUCGAUGCUGCCGACAUGGAUUGCGGUUACUCUGGCAGUAUUGUCAACUCUUAUCUUGGGGAUUUCGUUGAUCGUGAAGGUAUUUAAGUACGAAAUUUACCUGUUGUUCCGUACUCUAAGAAGCAAAUAUAAGACAUACCCAGAUAUGUACUAUGAUGUUUAUAUAUCAUAUGAUGAAACAACUGACGAGAUAAAUAAGUGGAUCAUGCAUGGAUUACUUCCAGCACUUGAACAGGAUGGUUACCGCGUUUGUAUCCCAGCUAGAGAUUUCAAUGUAGGUAUUCCGUAUGAAGAUGAAAUUGCUGAUUUUAUGGGACGCAGCAAAUUUGUUUUAAUGCUCUUUUCAAACAAUGAGAGAAACGUGUUUUGGGAUUUGGAAUGGAAGCGUGCAUGGUAUUUGUAUACCCGGUAUCAAAUCAAGAACAUUAUCCUGAUAAAUUUUGAUAUUUUAGACUAUGAUUCCGUGACCCACCCCGUUCUAAGAGCGUUUGUCCGGCUUGGAAUGUCUCUUGACUUUGCCAAUAUGAAGCAAUCAUUAAUUACCGAUAUUAAGAAAAAACUGGGUUGUUCAAGAAGAAGAAAUCGUCGUUUAAAGAACUAAUUUACUAAUUGCAACACAAGAUUUGUUCGUCAGGAUAUGCUGGAGAAGCGAUGAAAUGCAAAACCUUUUCAAAAUCAAAAGUUUCAUUUUUCAAUCUCUGUGGUUAUUCAGAUCUUCAUCUGUCCUCGAACACCGUUCCUCAUGGGGUCUCAAGGUCUCACACAACUAAUUCAGCAAUCAGCUGCUGUUUCACCUGAGCCAAGUCUAUAAAGAAAAUGUUUGUUACAUUUGUAGCCGUUUAAGUGAAUAAAUAAUAUAUGAAAUGGAUAUUUUCUAUAUUCGAAAAUAAAUUGUAGGAUCUGGAAAUUUGGGAAAUAAAAAAUAUACACUGCUCGUGAAAAAAAUGACGUACGAUUCCAUGUGUUAAAAGGCGGGAAUUCCCCAGUCCAGUGUCAAUAACGGGAUUAAUGUCUGCCAAGGAUUGGUAUGGAUUAUAUAUGCUAAUAAACCUAUCCGAUAACAUCGUCUUUCAGGAAGGGAAAUCUUUAUACAUCUGUACUUUAAAUUAAUUACUUAAAGGGGGGAGUAUUGGAGAGAGGUCCCAGGGAGACAAUGGGGACUAUGAACUAUGAAUGAACUUCUCCAGAGUUACUUUUAUUUUUAUUUUUUGUUUUGUUUUUUUUUUUGGAUUUUUUAUCGAUUUUUUUGUGAGAUUUUUGAACCGCUUUCCACAUUAUCAUUGACCAGUAAAAUGUAUACAUGUCUAUUUUCCUAUUGGUAGGAAUGCUGGCCGGUGAGAACACCUGCCUUUUCAGGCGUUACUUUGGAUUCAUAUACAAUAGUAGGUAGCCUGUUGGUAAUGUCUGGUGUUGAAGGAUUGCUUUGUGGAAUUCCAUAUAGGAAAUCUAAGCAAUUU